AGGGAAGGAGCUGAGGGACGGGCUAGGGGACAGGGCUAGGGGACAGGGCUAGGGGACGGGCUGCUCCCCGGGACAUGCAGGAUGGACGGGCGCUAUCACCGGGCCGCCAGGGACGGCUUCCUGGACCUGCUGAAAGAGGCCACCCGGAGAGACCUGAACUCGCCAGACGAGGAUGGAAUGACCCCGACUCUAUGGGCGGCGUAUCAUGGGCACCUGGGGGCGCUGCGGGUCAUUGUCAGCCGGGGGGGUGAUCCAGAUAAAUGUGACAUUUGGGGAAAUACCCCCCUGCACGUGGCCGCUGCCAAUGGGCAUCUGAACUGCCUUUCCUUCCUGGUGUCCUUUGGAGCCAACAUCUGGUGUUUGGACAAUGACUACCACACCCCGCUGGACAUGGCAGCUUCCAAGGGCCACAUGGAGUGCGUUCGCUAUUUGGACUCUAUCGCGGCCAAGCAAACCGGCCUCAACCCCAAACUGGUGAGUAAGUUAAAGGAACGGGCCUUCCGCGAGGCGGAGAAGAGGAUCCGCGAUUGCGCUAAGCUGCAGCGCAAACACCACGAACGCAUGGAGCGGAGAUAUCGAAGGGACAUGUCUGACCGUUCCGACACCAUGAGCUUCUCCAGCUACUCAAGCUCGGUGAGCCAGCGUUACCCCAGUGCCACAAUGUUUCCCACCAUGCCAUAUUCCCAUGCUGCAGGCACCACCAAAGGCAAGACCAAGAUACAGAAGAAACUGGAGAAGAGGAAACAGACAGAUGGAAUGUUCAAGAUCUACGAAGAUGGCAGGAAGAGCGUACGGUCGCUCUCGGGGCUGCAGCUCGGUAAUGAUGUCAUGUUUGUCAAGCAGGGUACCUAUGCCAGCCCCCGGGAGCGAGGGCGCCAACACCUCCGGGACAUGUUCUUGCCAGAGGAAGACUCCCUCUCCCGAGCCAUCAGUGAUCCUGGACUUCAUGGGGGGGAUUCUGCUCAUUCGGAGGUCAGUACAGACUCUGGCCACGAUUCUCUGUUUACCCGACCGGGUCUCGGCACCAUGGUGUUCAGAAGGAACUAUUUGAGCAGCGGCUUGUUUGGGAUGGGGAGAGACGAGGGCAAUGGACUUCAGCCUGGGCUGGGCGAGGAAGUGAAGUUGCGCAGUCGGUUAAAGCGAUCCCCCAGCUUGGAUGACAGUAUUGGCAGUGCGGGGAGUCUAGCGGUGAGAAAUGAACAGGAGCUGCCCUGGGAGGAGGAAGACUUAAGGCUGGAUGAUGAUGAAGAACCAGACACCAGCCCGUUGGAGUCUUUCCUGGCCUCCCUUCAGAUGGGCGACCUGGUUACUGUAUUACAGGAUGAGAAGAUUGAUCUGGCGGCCCUUACUCUGUGCUCUGACCAUGACCUCAAGAGCAUCGGCAUCCCUCUGGGGCCCCGCAAGAAGAUCCUGGAUGGCAUCCAGAGAAGGAGGCAGGCAAUCGAUAGGCCCUCUACCAUGGGAGACACUGAGCUAUAACAGAGUGCAGAGAGCAGGACCCGCUCACAGUGCCAGGCACCCUAAUGGCCACUCAUCGGGUGAAUGCUGUGCUCCUUCCAUGCCAUUGUCAGUGCCACUUUAGGGGAUGUUUCCCCAAACCUCACUGUUUUGUUUCUGCUGCCAAGACUACCGAAACCUUCCUGCCUGCAGGGCACAGGGGGAAUGUAGCCCUCCCUGGGAACGGGCUGAGUGGCAGGUACUGGCCCCGGGACACACGGUUUGGCCACAAGUUCCUUCUGGACUCCCCUGAGAGCUGGCAGUGCAGGUUAUAGCAUCAGAAGCUCACAUGUGCCAUUAGCCUUUAGUAGGGAGGCAUUCUGUCACAGGUAACAUAGAAAUAAUACUGGGGUGCUGGGUGCAAAGGCUCUUUCUACUUUGUAUUAAAAGUGACCCUAAGGCUCAGUAAAGGUGUGAGAUCUGUUAUCCAGAAUCCUGUUGUCCCAUGAAGCAAUACACUUAUAGCUCACUUUCUGUUUAAGGGGAAAGCUAUGGCAGCUCCCGCCAUCCCUGUAGCAAAGAGCAGGAAGGUUUGGGGCACACAAUAAGCUACAGACUCUUGUUUACUGGCUUUUUAAGGUAAUAAUGUUCAGUCUGGUAUUACAGUUUAACGAUAUCCCGCCGCUUUCUGUGCUUCUAAGCAGCUGCAUAGGGGCCCGUGUCCCCCCCCCCCCGUACCAUAAAUGAUACACAAGGGACCUGCAUGAAGGGGGAAUUCCUCAGUCCUAUGGCACCUUAUGAUGUAACUCCAUUGCUCGUGUUGGUGUCGGCCGUUCUUGGUGUGUGUCUGCCAUCUUGUGGCUGCCGGUCUCCUUUACACACUGCAGCAUAGCAACGGGAUAACUCGCUGGGCUGGUUUCCAGUCGGGUAUCCGCUUUAUUACAGGAAUCUGCAACUCUCUCCCAGUAUUGACAGAGGAAGCUGAACAUUGUGGUGUAAAAAUAUGGGAUUGCAAAUGGCGACAUGAGUCUCCACAUCCCACCGACUGCUGGAUGUGAGCUUUCCCCACCCAUCUGUUGCACUGUAUAUAUAUCAUUUUGUUACCUGUGCGCAUAUUGUGUAUGUGUAAGUCUGUGUGGCUGCUUAUAAUGAUUCAUUUGCUUGUUCCUUGCAUGUCAGGAAGCUUGGAUUUCACUUCCCACCCUGUACACAUAAUGUACAUGCACAAUCCAGGAUUGGGGGUUCAGCCUGCAAACCCAGUGUAUGUUCCGGGGUCUGACUGCUCUGCACCUAGCACUGGUGGGUUACCCUCUGCCCCAUAGGAGGGUAAGCACAGACAGCCUUGGUACAGGACAUAUUGGGAAUAGGGGAGCAUGAAUGGGCAUAAACCGAAUUCUUGGAUAUGGAAAGAGGACCAUGUCUUGGCCGGGUUGGGGGGCCGGAGGGGGGAGAUGGCAGAAAAGGGUAUGUGUUAUAUGUAGGCCAUUGGGCAGGAACGUGUAUUGGACAAGAUAGGGAUUAAGCAAGUGAGAUGGAAGUGGUGGACUUUAGACUUGGAAGGUUGAGAUUGGAGGGGGGAUCUAAAGGGGACAUGGCAAGUUCUUUUCAUUAUAGGGGGGGCAGAAAGUUUAAGAGAGGUCUGUGGUCAUACAUUUAUUUUAAGUGAAUUGGCUUUAGGGUAAUAAAGUGGUUUGGGGAGAAGGUCCAAGACCAGUGAUGCUCACCCAGUGGCUCAGGGGCAACACGUUACUCACCAACCACUUGGAUGUUGCUCCCAAUGGCCUUAAAGUAUGUGGCUCUGGAAACUCCAAUCAGAACCUCCUGCAGGCCAGCAGUCCCCAUGGAGCUACCCAAUAGCCAAUCACAGCCCUUAUUUAGCACCCCCAAAGAACUUUUUUCAUGCUUUUGUUGCUCCCCAACACUUUUUACAUCUGAGUGUGGUUCACGAGUAAAAAAGUUUGGGGAUCUCUGUUCUAGAUAAACCUGCUCAGCUUGACAGUAAGUUGGGUUGAGAACAUAUUUGCUGCCCUAGAUAUUCUUUGUUACUCCAAUAAUUUGCUAUACCUGUAACCUUGAGUUUGGGGGGGGGGGGGCUGAUCAAAUGCUGGACCUCCAAGUGGGGCUUAAAAUAGAAAGGUUUGGCCAGAGUCUAAGCCAAUCAUCUUUGGAGGUGUUUCAUCUGACACAAAGCUUCAGAGCAGUGCUGGCUUGGGAAUCGGAGAACGUACUCACCAUGACUAGCACUAAGGGUUUUUUCAUCGACAGACGGGCAUUCUCUCUGGAGUUGAGACAGUAUUCUCAGGUCUCUCCAGUUUGAAGCACACUCCCUUUCAGGAAUCUGAAGGCUCUCUCUUUAAAAUCCUGUAUAGGCCAAACAACACAAAAAACAUGAAAAGUUUCAUAAACUUCUGGUAUGAACCUGAUGCCAGUGAGGGCCCAUAUGUCUAUGUUGCCCCAGAGCUCCAUGCAGAAUUUCCUUCUUGAUUCCUGAUGGUGACACCCAUAGGCCAAGCAGUGUUUGCACCUCACUGAUCCACACCACCAGCCCUGACAGUAGGGAGCAGCCAUGCCAAGACCCAGAUGGUUUGGAGCUGCCAGGACAUCUUCUUAGGUAUCCACUGUCACGGUCUGCUUCACUUAUGCCUCUAGGUCAUCAAACCCUAUGGAGCUGACUGUUGAAAAGCUUGUAGAGGGGGUCUCCAGUACAUUUAAUAGACCUGUAGGCAUCGGGUCAAGUCGGUAUUAUCCACAUGAAGACCUGUAGGACACGUAUUUCAUGAUUAAGCCUAUGAUUAAGUGCUUAAUAGCACAAAAUGCGUCAGGCUUUUUAUGGACAUGUAUUUUGUAAUAAAGAUAUAUUGAUUUUAUCAUACCCUGUUAAUGUUGGAUUAAGUAUGUGCCUGCCUAUCUUUGCAUUCACUGCUCCUUUGGUUGUAGGUUUGGGCCUGUGGCACCCAGACCCAACCUUUCUACCGGUGAGUUACUGUUUCCACUGCCCUCUAGUUCAUCAAUUCUAAACCCUAUGUUGAGUUGAAUCAACUUGCAGAGCGGGUCUCCAGUACAUUUAAUAUACCUGUAGGCAUCGGGUCAAGUUGAUAUUGUGCAAUUGAAGACCAGAAGAACACGUAUUUCAUGGCCUUUGAGUUCUUUUUUAUGGUUCUCGGCAUACCCAAGGGUUUAAUAGACUUCAGUCACAUGACUAUAAUUCAACCCAUGUUGGCUAUUCAACCCACUCUAUGGGAAAGGUUGGGCAGUCCUGUGUAUGGAGGCGCAUCACAUGCACCCCGUGUGUAUAGGAAUGGUGGUCUGUGUACCUCUGUCAGCCAUCUCCAUGUGUCUAUAGAAGCAAGGUUCCUAUUUACCCAUAAAUCUUGACUCUGCAUAAUGUAUAAAUAAACACAAGUGGAGAGCUUUCAUCACUGUUCAACCAUAUUAUACGCAGGAUGAGGCAUCAUACAAUUUAUACUGUUACAACAAGGAAGUUGAAUAAAUUAUUUUGAAUCAU